GGUUGAUGUUGGGACGUGCUGACUGUUCUGAGUGAAUGUGGGUUUAUUUCCUCCGUGUGUUUCAGGGAAUGGCUUCACACGGACGAGGCCGCUCCGCUGGUGGUUCCGCCCCGCACGGAGAAGAGCGUCGAGGGACGACGUCGUCACCGAUAAGGGAAACGAGUCGGGGAGUUGGAGGUGGGGAGGAAGAACGACGUGCUCAAAACUUGUGGUGCGACUACAGCAAACGCGUCUGGUAUUUGGACUGGGCGAGCCAGGAUGGCUCCGGCCCGUUGCAACCACCGUGCGGGCCACUCUUGUUCGUCGCCGUUCGCGCCGACAGAACGCGUCUCUCAGGGUCCAUCGUCCAGUGGGUCGACGAUGGCGAAUACAAUUUCAAGUUUACGUUGAAGAAGCAUUACAGAAGUGAUGGUUCUGUCGACGACAUCGCAAAGGGAUGUAGGGUUGCCGGGAGGAUGUUCCGCGGGUACGGCCGUCGUGCGAUGUCUUUGCCUCACUUUCUCCCGCUAGCGCUGGGGCACGACGAGGCCGUUCACGUCACAGACUUCCUCGAGGUCUGGGCGAAAUCUAGUACCUUUGUCAAUGUCGUGGACGUCGGACCUGGAACAUCGAUCAGUGGUCCUGUUGGGUUCGCGGGAGGAGAGUGCUUUGAAAGGGAGAUGGGAAGUCAGGGUGGCCUGCCAGCUACGCCUCCUGAUCAAGAGGUGGACAUGUCAGACGACUCGGAGGACGACCAUCCGCAUGCUCCUUUGAAACCGGGCUUGCAUGUGGCCGAGGUUUCGCCUGGAGAUCGAGCGGGUGGUCCACAGGUUCGAGAGGUGCGUGGAUCAGAUGAGACGACUCGCCGGGCCCGACCGGCGUCGGGGGAACUGCAGACGGAGUUGAGCCAGAAACAAGAAGCAAGUGGGAACGUCGCCGGUGAGGAGGAGGUGUCCGAGCAGGGACUGUUCCGUGAGAGAUCGACUGAAAAGACUCAGUCGGGAGGCAAGCGCAACUUGCCGGAUGAGAAAGAGCGAGAGGGACUAGGUGCUCUGAGAAGGCAGAGAAAGGUAGGAGGGAGUGCUCGGACGCCAACAACACGAGAGGGAGGUUCCGUUGAGAAGAGGAAAAGGGUUGGAGGUGGGGAUGAAACGCCAAAAGACUCGUCGACACAGCAAAGAACCGGUGAGUCUUCCGGGAAAAGGGCGAAAUCAUUAAGGGGGAAAAAAGCAGACGAGGGCGACAACGGGGAGGGGGAUGAUGAUGUGGAGAUUAACCUCAACGUCUUUAACCUCGACAAUGCGUUCUUCCUCGAGAUGCAGACAGGGGUGCAGAAGGACGUCCUGUUGGACAUCCAUCCCGAAAGAAUAUUAGCUAUUCCAGACUGGGAAGAUGCGUACAACCACAGAUCCUUGGACGAGUUCCUCGUUGAUACCAUCACGUCGGCUAUGAUCGACUGCUACGAACGUAAAGACAUGAGAUACACGAAGCCCAUUUUCAUUCUCGCUCCGAUCGUCGCGCCUCCAGAGAACGGCGAGCCUGCUGUGCGCGUGCUGCCUGCYGACUUCGACAGCUCACACCCGGAGAAAUACUGGUAUUAUCCUGUGUGUGGACAGCAUAACGCGAGGGCAGCGAUGAUGGUGAAAGACCAUCCCGUGUUUGAUUACUACAACUUUUGUAAAUGGCCGUUCACACCGAUCUACUUCCCUGACGACGAGUUCGACGGCUACGCCCAUGACGAAGUGCGAAAGUGGGUGCAGUUCAUGGCGUUGGCAAUGAAGAAGACGCCGUACACGCCUAUCUGGAACCUGUCAACGGAAGCAAAAAAAAGAAAGGAAUGGGCUGAAAAACUUCGAUACUACCUCCCGCUGGCCAUGGAAGAUGACUCCGUCUUAGCUUUGGGGUUGAAGUUCUAUGAGGAGUGGUCGAAAGGGAAACUCCUUGCUUCCGACGGCCGACGUUGGACUGAAAAGCCGCCCACCCAUAAGGAGGUGGCCAAGCCAGGACUCUCCACUGUGACUGACAGCCAGGGGCUGAAGAAACACGUCUGGUAUGUGAAGGUGGAUGACCCGUCGUUGAAAAAGGGCAGGGGGAAGCCAAAGAAAGGCGUGGAGGAGAAAACUUUCUACGUCCAAGUUCUAGAGCCGGAUGUCCACUGCUGGAAGGAAUUGGUGGACUUGACGGACCGCGAGAAGAAAAGGCUGUUGAACGGCGUCUUGAACCUUAACAUCGUGUGGGUUCAAACGAGUAGCAAAAGGUUGGCCGAGCAGGGGAAGUUCAGUGUCAAGGAGAUGGUCGAUAUAAUAAAAAUGGACCGGAUUAUGCUGAGGCUAUGGUACUACGUGGAGUUCGAGUACGAGGAAAUAGAUAAGCGGGAGUGGAAUGCCAACUCCACGUUCUUCAGGUCCAAGAAACAAUUGUUCGAAGAGUUCAAGGACAGAGGUCUCGACGACAAGCUUUGGAACGAGAGCAGAAAAAUUUUCACGGACACCACAUACGUCAACAAGUGCCCUCAGUUUCUCGGGUGUCAACACGACAACAACAUCAAGAGAACGGCGGCCCUCGUCAACGACCAGCAUUUCCCGGCGGAGUGGAAGCGUGUCGUCCUUUCGGUGAUCACUGGAGAUCGCGCCAAAGGCAAAAAAAGCCCUCGGGGCGUUGAUGAAUGCAUUAACAUUAUGUGGACAAGGACAAGCGCCUUGACGACGCUGGCCCAGUUUAACGUCGACCCAUUGAGUGCCAGAGAUCAUAAGGAGGCGCUGGGAAAACUAGGGCAUCAACUACGCUCCCACACUUGCGUGCUCGACUUGUGCUGUGUUGUGGACCGUGCGCAAUGGGACUCUGGGGCAUUCGAGUCUCUAAGUGAGUUGCUGGGCUUCGUUUGUCAGGACUACUGGACAUUGGUGGUAUUCGUCGCUUGCCUGUGGAACCUCUCCUUCAUGACAUGUUUGUCUGCGCUUGGGGCUACCCGAUGCUACACGGGGAAGUGGGUUCGGAAGACGGCAUCGAAGAAGACGCAUCAGUUCAGAAACAGCGUCUGGGAGGAGCCGGAUGUGAUGCACAUCCUUUUCAAAGGCGAGGAUCCUCGGCUACUGACUCACCCGGUAUACGAGGGAGCUGUUGCUGAAGACGACGAUGCCGCUCUCGGGAGGAAACAAAAAGUGACACCCACGGAUGUGGAGGAGAAGUCUUUCAAGUCUUUGACUUUCGCGGACAUCGGAAACCUGACCCAGAGGGGGGCUCUGUACAAGGACGGCGAGCGAAAUCCGAAUUAGCACGUCUUGGCCGUGGAUGGGGACACAACGCAGCUCGAAUACACCGUGCAGUAUGUCACCCAUGAAGUGUCGUCCAAGGCUUACCCAUGCGAUUUCCACCAUGUAGUGGUCGAGCCCGUUUAUGACCCGAACAAGGACAUGUUCUUCAAGUUGACUCCGAAGAAAAGGCGCCAGGUCUACUCCUUCCUUUACGGCGAACAACCAAGGUUGAGAUUUGACCCGCAGUACGUGGUGCAGAAGGAAGUCGCCAUUGCGGUCCUCCAAGGCUACCACGGAGCGAGUCGGGCCGGCGCUGUGAGCUUCAUUAAGAGGCUGGAAUAUGUUUUUUUUAACGAGGAUGUUGUCGAUCCGGCCGACUUCACUUUGGAUAAGUACAAGCUGGCAUUCGGUGAGGAGGACGACUUCAAUAUCGAGACUGAGCAGGAGGAGACCGUUGAGGACGACCUCUUCGAUUUGGACGGGCAAUUGGCCAUCUUCAACGCCCAAGUUUCAGAGUCGCCAUCAGUAUGCAAACCGGGGACACCUCUCGCUACACCUACCUCGGGCGGUCCCACGCCCAUGUCCUCCUCAGCGCCUGUCAAGAGGGGUGGGUUGUCCCGUCUGAGGAGUUCGCCGGGGGAGCCUAUUCGUCUCACACCGCAGCCCGAACGUCUUCGACCCGGCCAUCCAGUUCCUCCGGACCAUCCGCAUCUCAAGGCUCCUGCGACUCCCUUCCACAUGGGUGACAAACGCACCUUCUCCACAGCCGAAGAUUGGGGCCAUGAUAUCGUGUGGCACCCAGACCAUUUCCAGCCAGUCCUUCUCGAAGGCGAAUGGGCAGUGGCUGUGAGGGACGUAAGUGGAGGGUGGAUAUAUGACGAUCGUUGGGACCUCGAGACAUUUAAAUCUCGCGCCUACGAUGCGGUAUUGGAGAGACUAAGUGAGGUCAAUCGAGGAAAUAAGGACGACCCAGCUCUUCGCGAAUACGGGGACACGUUGUUCGAGUUCUUGCAGUCAAAUAAAUGGCUGGAAGUGUCCUCCGCGUUCUACACCCUUCCGUCAAGCCCGUCAAUUAAGCAAGUGAGUUGGGAGUUGCCUGGGGUCACCCUGCCGGCAGGAGUUGUGAAGCGCAAGUCUCGCGGAAAGGACGGCAACGGGGAUGGUGAAGGCGGCAGGCAACGAGGUACCGGAGGUGGAAGUGAACAGCGUUUGACGAAACAGCGGUCUCCGGGGCACGCAGGCGGCGGAGAGGGGAAAAAGGGCAGCCGGGAGAAGAAGAAGCCUCGCAGCGGAGAGAAGAGCGGUUCCUCGGACCAUGACCGCUAGGACGGCAUUUUCUCAUAGUGCCCCGUCCUUUGUGCUUGCUGUGUGCUGCGGGUGUUUGUUGAACAGGGUUUCCUCGAGAUGGAAGAGCGGUCCUUGAAGACGUUAUCUGCUCCCGGUUGCCGCUCACUAUCUUCGUCGCACAAUUUACAGG